AUGCUACACUGGUUGGGGGCAAAAUCAGGGGCGGGUCAGCAUGAUGAUGACGAACGGGAUACCUGCGAUGUGCAAACCCAUGAUAUGCCUGUCAUUCCAUCAUCGAGAAUAUUCCAGAUCUUGUUCGAUAACUGUGGGGAUGAUCAGGAUUUGAUAUCUAUAUCCGCGCGCGGGGGUUCAUCAAGUCAUAGAGAUAUUGAAAGCUUUCUGUGGAAGGUAUUGGACCCGAGUGUCGGCAAGAAUCGAGAGCAUUUUCUCAAUCUAGCAGAGGAGAAUCAAGACAGAAUCUUGGAGCUGACAGCCCGGUACAAAGCCCCAGGUAACGAGGGAUACUUGGAUCGCUACUUUGAGUACUUGCUCCCUGGAUCGACGGCGUUGAAUGUGCUUCAAACAGUCGUGUCACUCAAGAAGCCCGUGGUCGUCUGGUGGCUCCUUUCCAACGGAGAAUAUCCCAGCGAAGAUGACAUCCAGCAUGCCGAGAAGCAAGCCGAGUCUUGGGGUGAACAUGACCGGAAUGGCCGGCUCAUUCUUGACCUUUUGACAGAUCCUCCCCCCAUUCAACAAACUAGCCCCCCGGCGGACGACCAUCAUUGCCCGAGCUUCGACCGCCCGGCCUCAGACUUCGGUCGCCAAGAGGGCUCUCCGGUGAUCGACAUCAUCUACAGAAAGGGGCCUGGAACCAUCAUGCAUGACUUCAAGUAUCGCGAAGUCUCCGCACUCACAGAUGCUCUCGAAAACGGGCCUUUAGCUGAACCUAAACCAGAGAGAUCCAAGCCAGGUCAUCGAAAAGAGACCAAAAUGGCUGUGAAACACGGAUUCAAAAUAACGCGACGAACUCCCAGCGAGCUAGACUUGCGGUGCUUGACGGAGCUCCUAGUCCGUCUGUCAAAAGACAGAGGCUUGACAAAUAAAGACCACCGAGCACUGGCCGCAUUCAUUGACAACAACCAGGCCCUCAUGCAUGCUAGCGGUCACAAGACAUACAUGAAGCCCCAGUUGUGA